CUCGCUUGCACGAUUACCAUCCCCCCGGAAAAUGAUGAUGGGAGCCGCGAUGGGCACGGGAGUAGGGCUAGCUAUCGGGUUCAUCGGUGGUUCGCUCCAGGUCCUUCGAGGUGGGGCAGGACCGGAUGGACCGCUGAGGCUGCUUGGAAAGUACAUGGCAACUUCUGGAGCUACAUUUGGUUUCUUCAUGUCCAUUGGAACAGUCAUCCGUACCGAAUCGGAUCUCACUCGUGAGCAAGAGGAGCAAGUGCGCCGAAUCGCUCGUCUACCCGGCGGUCUGCGUAUUCUCAACGAAGUCGACGCGAGAAGGGCAGCGCGGGCCGAACAGUCGUGGAACUCGAAGUGAAGCAGCCAGCGAUGACGUCCAUUAUGCAGCACCACAUGUAAAGUAAUGCGGACCACACACACUAACCAAUUGCCAAAGGCUCCUUGCCCCUGCUCCGUCUUUCCAAGCCUAGGGUCGCUUGAAGAGAUGAUUCGGUGAGAAUGCUC